ACUCGAUUGGUUGAUCGAAGAACCUUUCUUUCAUUUUCUGUUCAGAAUUCUCUCGAUUUCCAGCAUCAACACGACCUUUAAUCGGUGAUGGCGUUGAACCACGGACUUAGAUCAUGUGCUUCAAGGUUGCUUGUUUCUGUCGAUUCAUCUCUCGCCAAGUCUGCUGAAAGAGGGUUUCAUUCAACUGGAGCAAAAAGAAUGGGAGGACAUGGUCAUGAUGAGCCAGCGUACAUGCAUUCAAAGCACAUGUACAACUUGGACCAGAUGAAAAAUCAGAAGCUGACCAUGAGUCUCGGUGUUUUGACCGCCUUCAGCAUCGGUGUUGGAGUCCCCAUUUAUGCCGUCAUCUUUCAGCAAAAGAAAGCAUCUGGUUAAUUAAGCCACCUCCUAUUCAGGUUGCUUUUCAAGAUUUCUUUUUUGUGCUUGCUUAAUCUCAAUAAUGCAGACAGACGACUUAUGAAUGCUCUGUAGUACGUUAUCUGUUCUUUUUUGUUUAGAUCAUAUAUAACGGUUUUUGAGCAUCCGAUGGCAAAUCACGAUGCAUCAUCUUGCUUUGAAAUGGAAAUUGUUAUUAUUUUUUUUUGUGAUU